AUGUUUUGUCAACAGGUCGUUCGACAAUUCGAUCGUUCAGUGCGUCGCAUUCAAACUGAUAACGGGCGCGAGUUUCAAACCACUGCAUUGAACGAGUACUAUGCGCAGGAAGGAAUUGUACUUCAGACCUCCUGUGUAAAUACUCCGCAACAAAACGGCGUAGUGGAGAGGAAGCAUAGGCACUUGCUGGAAGUUGCUCGUGCAUUACGGUUCCAUGCGAACCUUCCCAUCCGUUUCUGGGGAGAAUGCCUACUCACGGCUGUCUAUUUGAUAAAUCGGCUGCCUACCGUCGCUACACAGAACCACACUCCUUACGAGCGCCUUUUUGGGAAGCGCGCAGCCUAUGGUCAUCUUAAAACUUUCGGUUGCCUUGCUUACGCAAAAGAUACAGCAUCUCACUUGGACAAGUUUGGUGAAAGGGGGAGAGCCUGUAUCUUUCUUGGUUACCCUGCUUCACAGAAAGGCUAUCGUGUCAUGGAUUUGGCGACACGGAAGUUGUUCACUUCCCGCGACGUUGUCUUUUGUGAGGACAAAUUCCCAUUUCGGGAUACUACGUCACCGCCCGCAGCACCUCUCCGUGCUCCUGCUGGCCCUGUUUUGGCCGAGGAUGAGGAGCUGAUUCACUCGGCUGAUGAGGAGCCUGCCAUUGGUGCAACUCCUUCCUCCUCCUCCCCUUUGCCUUUGGAUCCUUCCGGUUCCGAUGCAGCUCCUGCACCCGACUCCCCUGUGCCAGCUGCUCCCGAGCCACGCCGAAGUGAUCGGAAUCGUCAACCGCCUCGCUUCUUGGUAGACAACUAUGAUGUCCGGUUACCUACAACACAUUCAGGUCAUGUUUCUCGUGUACGAUACCCCUUGAAUGCUGUUGUUAACUAUGCUCGUUUAUCUUCUGAUCAUCGAGCCUAUCUUGCAGCUAUCUCUCGUGUUACGCAGCCUCGUUUUUUCCAUGACGCAGUUCGCCACAAAGUUUGGCGUGACGCCAUGCAGAAGGAGGUUGCAGCCCUAGAAGCAAAUGGGACGUGGGAGCUUACCCCAUUACCACCGGGCAAACGUUUGAUUGAUGCAAAAUGGGUGUAUAAAAUCAAAUAUAAUCCGGAUGGUACGAUCGAGCGCUACAAGGCUCGGUUAGUGGCUAAGGGUUACACUCAGAUCGAGGGGAUCGAUUUCCAUGAUACAUUCGCUCCCGUUGCAAAGCUCGUGACUGUUCGAUGUGUCUUGGCCCUUGCCGCCAAGCUUGGCUGGUUUCUACAUCAGCUGGACGUGAAUAACGCAUUCUUACACGGCGACCUGGAAGAAGAAGUGUAUAUGCGUGUUCCUCAGGGUUUUGCCCGUCCUGGUGAUGAUCGUGUUUGUCGUCUUCGGAAGUCCCUUUAUGGACUCAAGCAAGCUUCGCGCAAUUGGUACACGAAGUUCACUAAUGCUCUGGUCGGGUUCGGCUUCACCAUGUCCAAAGCCGACCCCUCUCUGUUCACUUUUUGUCAUGGUGAUAUCUUUCUGGUGGCUCUCAUUUACGUUGAUGACAUUAUCCUUGGUGGGACUUCUCUUCCUACUAUCCAGCGCGUCAAGGACUUUCUCCAUCAACAGUUCAGCAUUAAAGAUCUCGGCACCUUGAAGUAUUUCCUUGGUGUUGAAGUUUCUCGCUCUAAGCAAGGUAUCGUACUCACUCAACGGAAGUACGCACUCGAUAUUUUGGCAGAUUCUGGUGUUCAAGGAUCUCGCCCCUCUUUGUUCCCGAUUGAGCAAAACCAUCACCUCAGUAGGCUUGAUGGUCCGCCGGCUUCAGACCCUUCGUCUUAUCGUCGGCUCAUCGGUCGUUUAUUAUACUUGACGGUCACUCGGCCUGACAUUGUGUAUGCUGUCAACGUCCUUAGCCAGGCUGUUCAUGAUCCUCGGCAAGCUCAUGUCGACGCUGCACACCGUGUUCUUCGUUAUUUGAAAGGGUCUCCUGGCCAAGGUUUGUUUUUCUCUUCUGCGGGUUCGCCGGAUCUUACGGCAUUUUGUGAUGCAGAUUGGGGUGGUUGCCAGCAAACUCGGCGGUCAACGACAGGAUAUUUUAUCCAGCUGGGUUGUAGUCCGAUCUCCUGGCGUACGAAGAAGCAAACAGUGGUUGCCCGCUCUUCUGCAGAGGCGGAAUAUAGAGCCAUGGCGAGCGCCGUUAGUGAAAUCAUUUGGUUGAGGUGCCUGUUUCGCGAACUUGGCAUUGUCAUGGCCUCUCCCACACCUUUACACUGUGACAACCAGGCUGCAUUGCACAUCGCUGCCAACCCAGUUUUCCAUGAGCGCACGAAGCACGUUGAGAUGGAUUGCCACUUCGUUCGUGAACGAGUUGUUUCUCGUGAGAUUGAACCACAGAAGAUCUCUACCCAUGAUCAACUCGCGGACAUGUUUACAAAAGGCUUGGGCGCGGAUCAGUUCUCUUUUCUGUCUUCCAAGCUUGGCCUUCAUAAUAUUCACGCCUCCGCUUGA